UGUAGAAAUCUAACUCUUAAAAAAAUUCUGAAAAAACGUAUGUUCGUUCUCCCUUCGCGCCCGCUCAAAAAACUUCCCCAAAAUCCCACCGGCCUCAGACACCAAUCAUGGCAGAGGAACAGAUGGAGGCGGCGGCGGCGGCGGCGACGUUCCAGCUCCAGUUCGACAAGGCCAUCCCUUUACAUAUAAAAAUGGCAGAGUGGAAUCCAGAGAAGGAUCUGCUUGCUAUGGUUACUGAUGACUCCAAGGUUCUCCUCCAUCGCUUCAAUUGGCAAAGGCUAUGGACUAUUUCUCCUGGGAAGUGCAUAACAUCUAUAUGCUGGAGCCCUGAUGGUAAAAUAUUAGCCCUUGGCUCAGAAGAUGGUUUGGUUCUUUUGCAUGACCAUGAGAAUGGGAAGAUGCUAAGAAUUAUAGAAUCACACGAUGUGGCCGUUGUAUGUUUGAAUUGGGCAGAAGAUGAUCCGCUAUCAAGGCUCCAAAUGGAUACACUUCAAAGCCGGCUUGAUGCUGAGUUCCUUCUAGCCCAUAUGUGUUCAGUCAAGUUUAAGGAAUGGAUCGUGGUGCUAGCUACUUUAUUGCGACGUGCAGAGGUUUUGGUGGAUCUCUUUCGGCAUGAUUUGCGAUUGUGGAAAGCAUAUAGCAUUACUCUACAGUCGCAUGAUGUAUUCAGAGGGUACCUCGAUCUUCUUAAUGUCUUGGAGGAGCAGCUUUUGUCUGUUUCUGAUCUGACAUUGCAAAAUGGACCGUUGUCAUGAAUGUUAAAUGAUACGAAUUGAAAUUGAAUGUGGCAGUUUAGCCUUGUGUGAAUUGAACACAUACGGUUAGAUGGAGAAAAGCACGGGGAAUCUAAUGUAAAUAGAAUUAUUCAGGUUUUCCCCCCUUAGAGCAAUACCCAACAGGCUAUGGCAGCUUUUUGUGCUGUGAAACAAAAAAGCACCAUAUUGUUGUAUCAUUAGUUUGUUGCAGCGGAGUUUAGUGUGCAUUCUUCGCCUUACUGUAAGUAUGCGCUGCACUCUAACAUUGUAAAGCAUAUACCAAUUAUGUGUAACAAGUUGUUUUUUUGGUCUUUA